AUGAAAUACGAGAUCUGUGGCCAAAGCUUCAAACAGAAGUCUGACUUAACAGAACCUCAGAAAAUUAAUAAUAUAAAGAACACCUAUGAAUGUAGGGAAUGUGGAAAAACAUUCAACCAGAGCUCCAAUUUGAUGAUACAUCAAAGAAUUCAUACAGGAAAGAAACCAUACAAAUGUAAUGAGUGUGGAAAAGACUUUAAUCAAAGUUCAAAUCUUAUUAUACAUCAGAGAAUUCAUACAGGAAAGAAACCUUAUAAUUGCAAUGAAUGUGGGAAAUACUUCAAUCAGAGCUCCAAUCUGGUUAGACAUAAGAGACUCCAUAGUGGGGAGAAUCCCUAUGAGUGUGAAGAGUGUGGGAAGGCCUUCAAGGGGAGCUCAAACCUAGUCCUGCACCAGAGAAUCCAUAGUGGAAAGAAGCCAUAUGUAUGCAAUGAAUGUGGAAAGGCCUUCAAUCAAAGCUCAGAUCUUAUACAUCACAGGAUUCACACUGGAGAGAAACCCUAUGAGUGUUAUGAAUGUGGGCAAACAUUGAGUCAAAGUUCACACCUUGUCACACAUCAGAGAAUUCAUACUGGAGAGAAACCUUUCAAGUGUAACAAAUGUGAAAAGGCCUUCAGGCAGCGUUCCCGCCUUACUGAACACCAGAGACUCCACAAUCUAAUUCGACAUUGGAUAAUUCAUACUGGAGAGAAACCCUAUGAAUGUAGUGAAUGUGGGAAAGCCUUUAGCCAGAGGUCACACCUUGUUACACAUCAGAAAAUUCAUACUGGGGAAAAGCCCUUUCAGUGUAAUGAAUGUGGGAAAGCCUUCAGGCAACGCUCACUCCUUAUUCAACAUCAGAGAAUCCAUAGUGGUGAGAAACCCUAUGAAUGUAAAGAAUGUGGAAAACCCUUCAUGUGGCGUACAGCUUUCCUUAAGCAUCAGAAAUUGCACAUUGGAGAGAAACUUGAAAGGUCUCAGCUGGUGCCUCAGAGCCCGCUCAGGCGGCAGAGCGUCCACAAGGUGCUCACCCAGGAUUCCCGAUCCUAUUGGUCACCGGCAAAAAAGGUACCAUGGCUCUCAACCAAUCAGCGCGCGCUGCCCUCCGCCUUGAAACCGCAGUGGUCAGCCGAGACUAUUGUGCUCACCUGCGAGACUAUUGUGCUCACCCGGCGAGCGGAGCACAGGCGAGGGGUUCUCCUGGUUUCCGGGAGCAGCCACAGCGAUAGACACACUGCCUCCCUCUUCCGCGCGGUGCCUUUCUCCUCCGGGAACCGACCUCUUCCUCCCAGUGGCAGGUUGGCGGCUGGACGUCUAUGA